CCUUGACAAUACGUCGACAUCAAAUUUCUUAACAGUAUCGGCUAAGUAGUAUAAAAUACCAAGGCAAACAAUAAUUCAGCAUCAGUAACUUGUCUAACCAACAAUGAGAAGCCUUCUGGUGUUGUGUGGGCUCGCGGCCCUCGUAGCCGCGGUUUCCUCUCGGGAGAUCCGGGAAAAAAGGGAAGCCGAUCUCGAGGUGGCAGCUUCCCACCACCACGGCCACGGCGGAGGGCACCACGAGGGCGGCGGCCACGAGGGUCACGGACACCAUCACCAUGACCACGAGGGGCACGACCAUAAGGGACACAAGGGACACCACGGCCAUCACCACGGCCACCACGGCCACCACGAUCAUCACGGACACAAGGGGCAUCACGGCGAGCACGGCGGACACAAGAAACAUCACCACCACGAUGAGGGCUAUCAUCACCACCACGGAAAAGGAGAGCACGGCGAACACGGCCACGGUCACGACGAGCACGGUCACUGGCACAAGGGUCUCGACACAAAAGGCCACCACGGCAUCGAGCAUCACGACGAAUUCAAGAAGGACAAGCACUUCCACGAUCACCACGGAGAGAAGGGACACCAUGACCACUACGGCGGCCACCAUCAUGAGGGCGGACACCACAAGGGCGGCCACCACCACCACGGCCACAAGCACCAUGGACACCAUGACCAUGAUCACGGCAAACAUGGCCACCAUGAACAUGGGGGACACCAUCACCACCACAAGGGACACCAUGGAGACGAUGGCCAUCACGAACACCACCACCAUCAUCAUGGGCAUGGCGAAAAAGGAGAUCAUGGGCACCACAAGCAUUGGGGUCACAAAAAGGGACAUUAA